UGUGCAAAUUUCAAAAUUGAGGUCGGGUGAUAUUCACCCAGUUAGUACUCAACGUCACAAAAUCCAGUGUUUGUGAAAAAUCAAAAGUGAAUUAUUGAAGCGAUUUUCGUGAUAAGAGUGUUAAUGUCUUCCAAAGAAGUGUCUCGGAGAGAAAUCACAUUGCCAAGUAUAGUGCGUGACGCAUGGCGUCGCAUAAAGAAGGCAGCGUAGCAUCAUAGUACUCCGUAUUCUAGGUAUAGAGUCAAACAAGAGCACUACUACACGGUGGAAUUCGUAAGAAAUUUAUGGUCUUUCCACCAUACUUCUGAGCAAGAUGAUGACACGUAGGCGAACUCGAAGUGCUUCAGCACUCGAAGGACUAUAUCGUGAAUCCGAUGAAAACCUCGAGAUGAGAGAUCGUGCUGACGACACUGAUGAUACCGAGGAAGCCGAAGCAGAAAGUUCUCACGCUUCGGAAACAGAAGCUGAUCUGAGUGACGGAGAAGGAGAUGAACAGCCGGGAACAUCUGCGGGCCUUGCGCCCAUACGCGGCCGUCUGUCUUACUUGCGCUCUAAAAAUGGACAUAAAUGGACUACUACGGCGCCAGAGCAGAGUCGUAGGCGAUUAGCGACACAAUAUGCUCUUGCUGCCAAAGGUAAUGCUAUGAAUGCCAAAACUCCAGUUGAAGCGUGGAGUUGUCUCUUUUCUGAUAACAUUUUAGAAAUUAUCACUACCCAUAACGAAUGAAGAAGUUAACUGGCAAAUUGAAAUAAUGAGGGAAAUGGGAACAGAGAUAAAUGUUUCAACUCAUAAAGUAACUGAUAUAGUACAAAUAAAGGCUGUUUUUGGUUUAUUGUAUUAUGCUGGAGUUAGUGAGCCAAUUCAUAACACAGGGCGUAAAAUUACUACUGACAACUAGUUUACGUAAUUUUCUUUAGCCGAGAAGUUUAAAACGGAUUUUGAUUUGACAUUUUGAACGGAAGCAACAAUGCAAUUAAAAGAAUGCCUUAUCUAAUGGAACUAUCAAUGCAACUUGUAAAGCCAUUAUUGAUCAGAAGAUUGGCUGUACCGACUUAGCGUGUUGGUCUUAGGAAUAUGAUUGAAGAGUUUUUGGACCCGGUGACGUUCCUCAGGAACUUGACAUUACGCUUGAGUUAGAAGAUAGUAAAAUAUCGAGGCAGAAACGUUGCAACCUUCGCGCUAGUUCACUAGACUAAAAGACGUAUUAUAAAUGUUUGCGUUGUGGAAAACCUAUGUGCAGAGAACAUGUUGCUAAAGUAUUCUGCGAGUGUGUGCAUUGAAACUGAAUAUUUUCUACCUAACAUGAUUUAAAAAAUAGGCUAUUAUACUAUUUUUUAUGAGAAUGAUUGUCGAAAUAAACUCCAUUGUUUUUUACUAAUUU